AUGGACUUUCUAUACUAUGCGCCCUUUCUCUGCCUUUUCGCCAAUGUCGCUUUAAGUGGCUCUCUGAUUGUUAUUAACAACAACGGCCAAUGUAUGAUAUGGUCUGAGAGUAAUUAUGGGUGCACAGGCUAUUCAGCAUCUUUCGCACGUCUCGAUGGGAAAAAUUGUUCAAACUUUGCCAUGAAUGGUACCCAAGUCAAUAAUGAGACGCUGAAGCUCGAUAUAUGUGGCACCGAGAACGGGCGGCAAGUGGCAUGGGUCAAAAUCAAUAGAAAUGGAGCUGUUUCAUUCCUAAACCAACAGGGCACCACCGCCACGUGUGCCUUGGAUGAUGAUUUUAAUGUGGGUAGCAAGUGCAGCGUAAUGGACAUUGGCCAAUCACAGAGUGCAACCACAAUUCCCACCACAAGGCAAAUCUCCAUUGCCACACCCACAGCCAGCCAGUCGGGAGCUUCUGUUUCGACAAAAGACUCAUCAUCUACUUCAUGGCCUUCCUCAGUAGCUAAAUGCACCUGUGAUCUGAUCCAUUCGUGA